AUGGCGUUCGGAGGCUUUCUCUGUGCUCUCCAAGUAUUUUAUCUCUUAUAUCUCUUCCAUGGCUUGUCUACCGAUGGAAACUACACACGGUGCCGAGAAACCACCCGUUUCAGAUGUCUCACGUUUUUGAACUGUUCAAAUUAUUUCUCUGGCCAAGAAUUUUUGAACAACGAUGCCGACCACUUAACCGUGAAGAGAACGAUUCGAAAAAGGAAACCCACUAGAACAGACUUCACCAAAUCUAAUCACAAGGUCACAUUUCCUAUUUGCUGGUUUGCGCUAACACUUAUCCUACUAUCAAACGAUAUACAUCUUAAUCCUGGACCAGCAUCUCCUGAGCUUCCAUUCAAUUUCUCGGACUCGUUCUUCAUUGACUCAUCCUCCAAUAAUUUGCAUAAUCUACAUAGUGAUAAUACUUCGACCUACUGUCACCUACAAGAAUCCUUCGAACAUCCUGAUUUUUUUGAUCUCCCAAAGCAAGGUAUUCGACUUGUUAGCUGGAAUGUUCAAAGUCUACCAAACAAACUCGAUGAAAUAAAAUACAUCCUUAGCGACAAACCAAACGAAAUCGACAUCUUGGGUCUCAUCGAAAGUCAUCUUUGUCCUGCUAUUGAUAACAAUAGCUUACAAUUAGACGGCUAUGCAAUUGAAAGGAAAGACAGAAAUAACAAAAAAGGAGGCGGUCUAUUGACUUACAUUAACAAUAGACUAUUGUUCAAAAGAAGAGUCGAUCUCGAAGAUGAAAAACUAGAAAUAAUAUGGCUAGAGAUUAAAACUUCUACGCAAAGCCCAACAAUCUUGACAGGAUUUAUAUACCGUCCGACGUCCACCGAUGUUCAAACCGAUAAGUUACUCAUGGAAAACAUCAACCGUGCUGUCGCUGAAAACAGAGAAACAUGGUUACUAGGAGACAUCAACAUCGACCUUCACAACCAACGGAACCUUGAACAUAAUUUUUACAAACACAUGCUUUCACUUGGCUUCAAUCAAUUGAUCUCUUCGCCAACUCGCAUCCCAUCUGAAACGUGUAUAGAUCAUAUUUAUACCAACGAACCUUCAAACGUCCUAUCUACUAAAGUACCUGAUAUCGGUCUCUCUGACCACCGCCCUGGUUGGCCGUCAGAAAACUUAAUGGCAAACUCCGACAACUACCUGGCCAUAAAACUAUCGAAUACAGAUCCUUCAAACAUUUCGACAUGGAAAAGUACAAAGAGGAUUUAAGAACUAUCCCGUGGAACACUAUG